CUUGGCUGAACCUCACAAGCGAAUCAGCCUCUUCCUUCCUUCCUGACCACGACACUUCGCCAUGGAUCCGGCUUUUGUUCAGCAGCUGCAUCAGCUGCUCCAGCAAUCGAGCGUGCCCGACACGGCUCAGGUCAAGGCUGCUACAGACGCGCUGCAGAACAAUUUUUACAAGAACCCGGCAUGUGUUCCUGCCCUAUUUGAGAUUGCUGCCACAUCACCAGACCUGGCCGUUCGGCAAUUGGCCUCGGUGGAGCUUCGGAAGCGGUUGGCAAAGAGCGGCGGAAAGGUGUGGGCAAAGCAGGCAGUUCAGGUUAGAGAAGGGAUCAAGGGACGAUUGCUCGAGAUCAUCUCCAGCGAGCAGAGCACCCUUGUUCGCAACGCCAUCGCACGAGUCCUGUCCGAGAUUGCGAGAAAAGAACUGCCGGCAGGAACAUGGCCGCAGCUCCUUCCCUUUUUGUUCCAGGCAUCAGAAUCGCCCAAUGCGGCACACCGACAAACGGCCAUCUACGUCUUCUUCACCGUUCUCGAGACGUUCGUCGAGGGCGGCGCCUCUCUCGAAACCUACCUGCCCCAGAUCCUGAGCGUUUUCAGCAAGAGCCUCCAAGACCCUGAAUCGCUCGAUGUACGAGUGACGACGGUGCGAGCGCUCGGAAAGGUGGCCGAGAACCUGGAAGCAGAUGCCGGUGCCGACCUGGCGGCGAUGCAAAACGCCAUUCCACAAAUGAUCCAGGUCUUGAACCAGUGCUUGGCCGACUCGCACACGGAGGGCACCAAGCAAUGUCUCGAUGUCUUUGAGUCGAUCUGUAUGCUCGAAUCACCCGUCAUCUCCAACAACGUCCCCCAGCUUAUCGACACCUUCCUCGAAAACGGCGGCAACAAGGACCACGAGGAGUCACUCCGUAUCAUGUGCUACAACUCGCUCAUUUGGACCAUCACCUACAAGCGGUCAAAGGUCCAGAGCAUGGGUCUUGCUCGGCCGAUGGUGGAGCGUCUCAUGCCUGUUGCUACCGAAGAGGACGGCGAUGAGCCCGACGAGGACACGCCUGGACGCCUUGCCCUCCGCGUCCUCGACGUCCUUGCUACGGAACUUCCUCCCAGCCACGUCUUCCCGCCCCUCUCGGAGCAGAUGCAGGCAUACAUGGCCAACUCGGACCCAAACUACCGCAAGGCCGCCAUGAUGGCCUUUGGCGUUUCCGUCGAGGGCUGCACCGAGUUCAUCCGACCCCACAUGGACCAGCUCUGGCCCUUUGUCGAGGCGGGCCUUCGGGACCAGGCCGUCGUCGUUCGCAAGGCUGCCUGCAUCGCCCUCGGCUGUCUCUGCGAGUCUCUUGACGAGGAGUGCGCGGCACGCCACGCAACGCUGCUGCCCCUCAUCAUGGAGCUCGUCAACAACACCGAGACGCAAAAGAGUGCAUGCACCGCACUCGAUGCUCUCCUUGAGGUCAUGGGCGAAGACAUCUCUCAGUAUCUCCCUGCCAUCAUGGACCGCCUCGCUGGGCUUCUCGUCGAGGCGCCCCUCGCCGUCAAGGCCACCGUCACGGGCGCCAUCGGUUCGGCCGCCCACGCUUCCAAGGAGGGCUUCCUGCCUUACUUUGCCCAGACGAUGGAGCGCAUGCAGCCCAACCUUCUUCUGACCGAGGAAGGCGACGCCAUGGACCUUCGUGGAAUCACGACAGACACGGUCGGCACCUUUGCCGAAGCUGUGGGCAAAGAGCACUUCCGCCCCUACUUUGAGUCACUCAUGAAACUGGCGUAUGAGGGAAUGACCCUUGAGAGCCCGCGCCUCCGCGAGUGCUCCUUCAUUUUCUUCUCCGUCAUGGCCCGUGUCUUUGGUGAAGAGUUCGGCCAAUUCCUUCCCCACGUUGUGCCCCACCUCCUCGAGUCCUUCAAGCAAGCCGAGCACGACCCAGUGCCCGGCGUCAACGACGGCAUUAUCAACGGCAUGGGUGUCGGUCAAAAUGAAAAGGGCGAAUACGUCAUUGCAUCUGGCUCAGGCGCCCAGGAGGACGAUGGUGACGAAGAAUUCGUCGAUCUCGAGGAGCUCAACGACUCAUUUCUCAACGUCAACUCAGCUGUUGCCGUCGAAAAGGAGGUGGCUGCCGAUGCUCUCGGAGAGAUCUUCUCGCACACGCGCUCCAGCUUUGUCCCUUACCUCGAGCAGUCGAUCGAAGAGCUCGUCACACUUCUGGACCACUUCUACCAAGGUAUUCGCAGGAGUGCCGUCAAUGCCCUCUUCACCUUCAUCAACACCCUUAACGAGAUGAGCAACCCGACCGAGUGGCAACCAGGUCACAACGUCACGGUUCCCCUCGAUGCCAACGUCCAAAAGCUGGUCGAGGCUGUCGUGCCCACGGUCAUGGACACCUGGGCUGAGGAAGAUGAUAGAACCACCGUUGUCGAGAUCUGUCAGCAGAUGGCAGAGUGUCUCAACAAGAAUGGCCCAGCCAUCAUUGCGGGACAGGCAGACAAGGUGUGCACCUUUGUCGCAGAGAUCCUCGAUCAAAAAUCCGCUUGUCAGCUUGACAGCGAGGCCCAGGAUGACGAGGCGGCCGCCGAGGACAAUUCUGAGUAUGAGUCGGUUCUUAUUCUUGCUGCCACAGACCUCGUGGGAGCCAUGGCGAAUGUCUACGGUCACGACUUCGUGGACCCGCUCAAGCAACUGCUUCCUAAGGUGACGAAAUACUACUCGCCGAGCAGGUCAACCUCGGACCGUUCCAUGGCCGUUGGCUCAUUGGGCGAGAUCGUGACGGGAAUGAAGGCCGCCAUCACACCAUUCACCGGUGACAUCCUCACUGUUCUGUCGCGAGCGCUGCAAGAUGAGGACGCGUCCGUUCGUUCCAAUGCUGCUUUUGCAUCGGGCGUGUUGAUCGAGAACUCGCAGACGGACCUUUCAGAGCACUUUGGUGCCCUUCUCGGCGCCAUCCGACCCAUGUUUGAGCGAAGCGCGGCACCAGAGAAGGACGAGGUGGCCUCCGCUCGGGACAAUGCAUGCGGCUGUUUGGCACGCAUGAUGACGAAGCGGCCCGAUUCGAUCCCGAUGGACCAGGCUAUGCCUGUGCUCCUCGACUCGCUGCCCUUGCAAAAGGACAUGGCAGAGUGGACCCCGGUCCUCGUUGCCCUCAUGGGACGCGUCCAGAGCAACGACGCAGUGGCGACGGCCAACAUCGACAAGAUCCUCGCUAUCAUUGCCCACGCUCUUAAGCUCGAUGAUGCAUUGGGGCCGCAGCUCAGGGGCCAGGUCGUGGCCUUUGUCUCGGCCGUCAAUGCCUCGGCGCCAGAGAAGGUCGCCGCAGCAGGUCUCCAGCCAUUUCUCGUCUAAAUGACCGUUCAUACCCGUCACAUUUACGCACACACAUACACUCUCUUUCUCUUUUCUUUUUUCUCUCACAUUUUUACUUUCGACUAGUUGUUCUCUCAGACGGCGAGGCGCCUAUUGUUGCUCUUGCCUUUACUAAUUCACUCUCAUUACAACUGA